CGUGACACGACUGCAAGUCUGCACAACAAUACCAACCAUGGAAAAGCCGUCCACGCCUCCCCGGCCAGCUACCGCCAGGCAAGCAGUCUCUCCACCGACUCCGGAAGUGACGCGCAGAAUUGAAGAAAACAGGCUCAAAGCCAAAGCCCUCCGCGAACGUUCCCUCGCGGCCGAAGCAGCUUCCUCCUCCCAAAUAACAGCACGGACACCCUCCGGCUUCCUUGCAGGAGAAAAUGUCUCCCUCUCCGCCCGAAAGCGUGCUCACGCCUCCGUCUCCACCUCCUCGAUACCCUCCACAAGCCGCAAUGCCGCCGAAGCACAAAAGGACGACGGUAUCCAGCCCGCGCGGAAAUUCAAGAAAUACGUCGAUCACGACUUCAGCAGGAUGACGGAUACCAAAGGCGGCUUCCUGUCUGCAGAGGACGAUCCGUGGAAUAAGGCACUACAUGCAUCGAAGGAAGGGGAGAAGCCCGCGCAUAUGACGCUCAAGGAGUGGGAACGGCAUCAACUACUCAAGGGGUUGCGGGAUCGAAAAGAAGGUCCAUUCGAGCCUGGUUUGGGUUUCGGCCAGAGGGACAAGGGCAAGAAGUGCAGAGAGUGUGGUAGCCUAGAGAUUGACUGGCAAUGGGAAGAGGUAUUCAAGUGUCCUGUUUGCAGCAGGUGCAAGGAGAAGUUUCCAGAGAGAUACAGCCUGUUGACAAAGACGGAGGCGAAGGAUGAUUAUCUCUUGACAGAUCCGGAGUUGAAAGACGCGGAACUCCUUCCCCACCUCAAUAAACCGAACCCGCACAAGAGCCACUGGCACGACAUGAUGCUAUUUCUCCGUUACCAAGUCGAGGAAUAUGCGUUCAAGACUAAAUGGGGAUCGGCGGAGCAGCUGGAUGCCGAGUUCGAGAGGAGGGAAGAGGAUAAGAAGAAGCGGAAGGAAGACAAGUUUAAGAGUAAACUUGAUGAGUUGAAGAAGAAGACCAGGACGGACGCAUAUAGGAGGAAUCUGAAGGGAGGCAAGGCGGGGCAGUUUGGCGAUCGUAUUGGAGGGGGCCGGCAUGAGCAUGACUGGGGCCAGACGGUCGAGAACGAGGCUGGGAUGACGGUGAAGACUUGCACGGAGUGUGGGAUGGAGGUUGAGGAGUUGCAGUUUUGAUGGGUGAUACGGUAAUGAGAUAUAGAUAGUGAUGUGGAGCGGGGGCGAUUUUGCUCAAGCAAAGGAGUUUGGGUCGGACUUCGAGGGCAUUCGGGUGAUGGCUGCAUAUGCUUCGUAGUGGAGGAAUAUUACUCGUGCUCAUCGCGAACUGGUCCCCAAAGUGAUGGAGGGAUUCGAGGGAAGUGAUGUAUAUAUAGUACGAUCAUCGUUGCUAUUGAGCUCAAGCACAGAAUUCCAGGAUAAUAUUGAUACUUGGUUGAAAGCUUCGGAGCAUUCAGGGGCUGCUGUCGCUUCGAGCCUUCGUUGCCCUGGAACCUUUCUUAAUUGAAACGAGGUAGUUGUCCA